GACACAGACCCGUCAGGUUCCCCUCCCUUACCACCCCCCCACCUCCUGUGAGACACAGACCCGUCAGGUUCCCCUUUCACCCCCCCCCCGUGAGACACAGACCCGUCAGGUUCUAAAAAGAGAUCCAUACACUCACUGCUGUGUUUUGCUUUAAAACAAUUCAGCUCCUGCCUGGGUUUAGUAGGUCAUGGUCCAAGUCAAGAUUGCAUCUUAUAUAUAGACAUCUGUAAACUUGGGGGGGGGGCAACUGUUAGGUGGGUGCUCCCAACACACACCCCCUCCCCAAAACAAAACAUACAGAACAUAACCCAAUCCAACAAGAUGGCAUGAUGCCAUCCACAACAAAGAAAUGUUAGAUUUUAUUACAUGGUUUUAAGCUUCUUAACCUCCCUAAGUUCCUCUGACCACGGUCUCGAGUAGCCUCUGAGCUAACGAAGCCGCGAUGCCUUAAUCCCUCGUUAAGGAAAAGGUUAUCACCACUUGGCCUCACACUCACUUCCUGCCUGCUUACUGACUGGGCAUGGAGGAGCUGCUCAUACCGUCCGAGGGCGAGGAGACCAACUCGGAGCCCACCGCCUUCACGCCGGCUGGGCCUGCCAGGUCUCCCAAGGACCGCUUCAGCGGCUGCUUCACGAGUAUGCUCUCCCCCGGAGUCAAGCGGUACCUGAGGAACUACCUGAAGCGCAAUGGCUUGCUGACGCUGUCGGUGAUGGCGGUGAUUACGGGCUGCGUGCUGGGCUUCAUGCUGAGAGGACAAACAGUCUCCACACAGGCAAAAAUCUACUUCUCUUUUCCUGGAGAGCUUCUGAUGCGGUUGCUAAAGAUGCUCAUUCUUCCUUUGAUCACAUCAAGUUUAAUGUCUGGGCUGUCAUCCAUGGAGACCAAGUCCUGCUGUCGUAUGGGAGUCCUCACAGUCACGUACUACCUGUGGACCACCUUCAUCGCGGUGGUGGUGGGCAUCGUCCUGGUUGUCAUCAUCAAGCCUGGCUCUGGUACGGAGAUGGAGAGCAACCGGUUGGGAGGAGGACCCGUCAUGACCUCUGCAGACGCCCUGCUGGACCUCGUCAGGAACAUGAUUCCUUCCAACCUUAUAGAGGCAACUUUUCAACAGUAUAAGACCGAUCUGAUCCCGGUGCCACAGACGCCUGCCAAGACGGUAAAGCCGAACUUUGUGUACAUCAUGCCGGACGAGAGCAACCCGAAGGGCCAGAGCGUGCUGCUGGAGCUCACGCCGCCGCCAGAGGUCGUCUACAAGCCCAAACCCGGCAGCAGCCAGCAGAUGAACGUCCUGGGCAUCGUCAUCUUCUCCGCCACCAUGGGUUUGCUCUUGGGUAAGAUGGGCGAGAGAGGACUACCGCUGGUAAAUGUUUGCCAGUGUAUUAACGAAUGCGUCAUGAAGAUAAUCAACGCAGCUGUUUGGUACUUUCCCUUCGGCAUCAUAUUCCUAGUGGCGGGGAAGAUCUUGGACAUGAACGACCCGUCGUCGCUGGGCAAGAAGCUGGGCUGGUACGGCCUCACGGUCCUGGCGGGGCUUUUUGUCCACGGCCUCAUUCUGUUGCCCCUCUUCUUCUACAUCCUGACACGGAAAAACCCCUUCACCUUCAUUAGAGGGCUGCUACAGGCUAUGGUCAUCGCCCUGGCAACCUCCUCAAGCUCAGCAACUCUCCCCAUCACCAUGAAGUGUUUGCUGGAAAACUGUAAUGUGGACCGUCAGAUCGCUCGCUUUGUGCUUCCUGUGGGCGCCACCAUCAACAUGGACGGCACUGCUCUCUACGAGGCCGUGGCUGCCAUCUUUAUCGCCCAGGUCAAUGAUUACGAGCUCGACUUCGGACAGUUGGUCACCAUCAGCAUCACUGCAACAGCUGCCAGCAUCGGGGCCGCCGGAAUCCCACAGGCUGGUCUCGUCACCAUGGUGAUAGUGCUGACAUCAGUAGGCCUUCCUCCUGAUGACAUCACCCUCAUAGUGGCCAUUGAUUGGAUUCUUGAUCGGUUUCGGACGAUGAUCAAUGUGCUGGGUGAUGCCCUGGCAGCAGGAAUCAUCGGGCAUCUGUGUCGAAAAGACUUCCCACGAGAUGCAGAGAAUGCCAAUGGAAACCCUCCGAACUCUCAGAACCUCAAGGACAUGAAUAUGUCUGCGACCGAGGUGCCACUCCUGGCCAGCAAAGACAGCGUGUACGAGGUGUUCGGAGACACCGUGACAGAGAGGCCCACGGUCUACUACAACAUCUGCCAAGUCUGAGAGUUGGCUAGAGGAGGCGCCCAGGGAGUCGCCCAGGGGAAGCACUGGGACCUCUGGACACCUGAAUAGCUGCAGUCUCCCUCCUGUGUGCCUUUGCUGAAGUACUGAACUGACUCUUCAUUAAAACCUUUUUUAUUUAUUCUU